CUUUCCCAGGGUGGUGUCACAGAGGAAAAACUUUUCCUCUACCCUCUUUUUAUCAACCCUCUUAGGUUGAUGCUUAGGGGUGUGAGAAUUAAAGUUGACAAAAGACAGAUUUGCAAGAGAAAAGACAGUUUUAUUUUGUGGGUUGUUACUGAGGAACCCUGGAGGCGGGGCUCAUCCCUGGAGGACGAAAGGACAGAGGCCCAGAGGCUCUCCAGGAGGAGAUGGGGCUCUGGGAGGAGGUCAAGGCCGCGGCCACUCUCAGACUAUGGCCAGUUUGCCGGGCGAAGUCUGUCUAUCCCUGAAGACUCAAUUGCCGUGGACCCCCAGAAGGAGGACACUGUGGACAGUGACCACCAGCUGAGCAUGGCCUCUGUGGUUCCUGCAGACCAGAGCACAGCCAUGGGCUGCCCCAGAGGAGGCCAGAGAAGACGCCCCAUCUCCGUGAUAGGCGGGGUCAGCUUCUAUGGGAGCGGACAGACAGAAGCAAUCGAGAAUCUUCUCACCCAACCAGCAGCCAGGCCGCCUGUGCCAGCGCACCAGGUGCCGCCCUACAAAGCCGUUUCGGCCCGGUUCCGGCCGUUCACGUUUUCCCAGAGCACCCCCAUCGGGCUGGACCGCGUGGGCCGACGGCGGCAGAUGAGAGCAUCCAACAUUUCUUCAGAUGGAGGUACUGAGUCCUCUGCCUUAGUGGACGACAACGGCAGUGAGGAGGACUACAGCUAUGAAGACCUCUGUCAGGCCAACCCCAGAUACCUGCAGCCCGGCGGGGAGCAGCUGGCCAUCAACGAGCUGAUCAGCGAUGGCAGCGUGGUCUGUGCAGAAGCGCUGUGGGACCAUGUGACCAUGGACGACCAGGAACUGGGCUUCAAGGCGGGCGACGUCAUCCAGGUGCUGGAAGCCUCCAACAAGGACUGGUGGUGGGGCCGGAGCGAGGAUAAGGAGGCCUGGUUCCCUGCGAGCUUUGUCAGACUGCGCGUCAAUCAGGAAGAGCUGUCGGAGAAUUCCAGCAGCACGCAGGGCGAGGAGCAGGAGGAGGAUGCCGGCAGGACCCGCCACAAGCACGCCGAGAGCAAGCACCAGAUGAGGACCAACGUCAUCCAGGAGAUCAUGAACACCGAGCGGGUGUACAUCAAGCACCUCAAGGACAUCUGUGAGGGCUAUAUUCGACAGUGUCGCAAGCACACGGGUAUGUUCACGGUUGCACAACUGGCCACCAUUUUCGGAAACAUCGAAGACAUUUACAAAUUCCAAAGAAAGUUCCUGAAAGACCUUGAGAAACAGUACAAUAAAGAGGAACCUCACUUAAGUGAAAUAGGAUCCUGCUUUCUUCAACAUCAAGAGGGCUUCGCCAUCUACUCCGAGUACUGUAACAACCACCCGGGCGCCUGCGCGGAGCUGGCCGGCCUGAUGAAGCAGGGCCGCUACCGGCACUUCUUCGAGGCGUGCCGCCUGCUGCAGCAGAUGAUCGACAUCGCCAUCGAUGGCUUCCUGCUCACGCCCGUGCAGAAGAUCUGCAAGUACCCGCUGCAGCUGGCCGAGCUGCUCAAGUACACCACGCAGGAGCACAGUGACUACAACAAUAUAAAGGCAGCAUACGAGGCCAUGAAGAACGUAGCCUGUUUGAUCAACGAGCGCAAACGCAAGCUGGAAAGCAUCGGCAAGAUAGCGCGGUGGCAGGUCUCCAUCGUGGGCUGGGAGGGACAGGACAUCUUAGACCGAAGUUCAGAAUUGAUCCACUCUGGGGAGCUGACCAGAAUCACGAGGCAGGGCAAGAGCCAGCAGCGGACAUUCUUUCUGUUUGACCACCAGCUGGUGUCCUGCAAGAAGGACCUGCUGCGCAGGGACAUGCUCUACUACAGGGGCCGCAUGGACAUGGAUGACAUGGAGCUCGUGGACCUGGAGGACGGGCGGGACAAGGACUGGAACCUCAGCGUGAAAAACGCCUUCAAGCUCGUCAGCAAAACCACGGACGAGGCUCAUCUGUUUUGUGCCAAGAAACAGGAAGACAAGGCGAGGUGGCUGCAGGCUUGUGCGGACGAAAGGAGACGCGUGCAGGAGGACCAGGAAAUGGGCAUGGAGAUUUCUGAAAAUCAGAAGAAGCUCGCCAUGUUAAAUGCUCAGAAGGCAGGACAUGGAAAGUCAAAAGGCUGCAGUGGCUGCCCCGUGGCCCCGCCGCACCAGGGCUUGCCCCCGCUCCAGCAGCGCCACGUCACCGUGCCCACCAGCGUCCCGCGGCAGCAGGUCUUCGCGCUGGCAGAGCCCAAGAGGAAGCCCUCGCUCUUCUGGCACACCUUCCACAAGCUCACCCCGUUCAAGAAGUGAGCCGGGGCCGCGCUCGGCGGAGGGUCCGGAGAGGACCUCUGUCCCCCCCGGCUCCACCCAAGGACAGUCUGCUGGACCCAGGGCUGCAAACUGCUUCUGGGGACGAACACAGAGGAGAAGGCCCUGGACUUGCCUUCGGUCUCGGAGGUGCAUGUGCCUCCUCGGAAUGGGGAGAAGGCGACGAUGCUUCACGCACGCAGGGGCCUUCAGUGACCUGUGCCAAGGUGGCCGAGGCCGAGGAG